CCUUUGUCAAGUUCUGCACUUUCAUUGAAAGGUCUUGUUGUUUCCCAGGCUAGGAAAUAAGUUCACAGGCUUUAUUUGAGCUUUGGAAGACAAGAGGGCACCACCAGAAGAUAAAAGCCGAGAAGUUGUCUUUGGAUUUCCCUGGAAGUCGAGUGGGACCCGCCAAAACUUGACGGGGGAAGUAUACAUUUUAGAGCAGUGAGCCAUCGAAUAAAAAAAAAGGCUGCAGUAGCAACCGAGUUAGAAGCGUGCAACAUUGUUGCAGUGAGGUUGGGACUGCGCCGACAAGGGAAUAGCUAACUGCAAUGCUUAACUGGAAACCAUUUUAUCAGACUUUUCUAUUGUAAAGUUUUCUCAAAUUCGAAUUAAAUCGCUGGUGUUUAACGGGAAUACAAAAAAGAUAUUUUUGAAAAAAGGAUACAUAAAUAAAAUUUAAAAAAUAUGCCGGACCAAAUUACAGUUUCGGAGUUCGUGGCGGAGACAAAUGAAGAUUACAAAGCGCCGACGGCUUCAAACUUCACCACCAGAAUGUCCCACUGUAGGAAUACCGUGACUGCUUUGGAGGAGGCGCUGGAUGUGGACCGCAGCGUGCUGUACAAGAUGAAGAAGUCCGUCAAGGCCAUCUACACCUCGGGUCUGGCCCAUGUGGAGAAUGAGGAGCAGUACACCCAGGCUCUGGAGAAGUUUGGGGAGAACUGUGUCUACAGGGACGACCCCGACCUGGGUUCUGCCUUCCUCAAGUUCUCGGUCUUCACCAAGGAGCUCACCGCCCUCUUCAAAAACCUGUUCCAGAACAUGAACAACAUCAUCACCUUCCCUCUGGACAGCCUGCUGAAAGGAGACCUGAAAGGAGUCAAAGGGGACCUGAAAAAGCCAUUUGAUAAGUCCUGGAAAGACUAUGAAACAAAAGUCACUAAGAUCGAGAAGGAGAAGAAGGAGCACGCGCGGCAGCACGGCAUGAUCCGCACGGAAAUCAGCGGGGCGGAGAUCGCAGAGGAGAUGGAGAAGGAGAGGAGGUUCUUCCAGCUGCAGAUGUGUGAGUAUCUUCUCAAAGUGAACGAGAUCAAGAUCAAGAAAGGGGUGGACCUACUCCAGAAUCUCAUUAAAUAUUUCCACGCACAGUGCAAUUUUUUUCAGGACGGGCUGAAAGCAGUAGACAACCUCAAACCAUCCAUAGAGAAACUAGCCACAGACUUACACACGAUAAAGCAGGCCCAGGACGAGGAGAGGAAGCAGCUCACUCAGCUACGGGACGUCCUCAAGUCAGCGCUGCAGGUGGAGCAGAAGGAGGUAUUGUUGAAGGAUUCCCAGGUGCGACAGAGCGCUACCUACAGUUUGCAUCAGCCGCAGGGAAACAAGGAGCACGGUACUGAGCGCUGUGGGAACCUCUACAAGAAGAGUGACGGGAUAAGGAAAGUGUGGCAGAAGAGAAAGUGUUCAGUGAAGAAUGGAUACCUCACCAUAUCACAUGGGACGGCGAACCGACCGCCGGCCAAACUCAACCUCCUCACCUGUCAGGUGAAACAUAACCCAGAAGAGAAGAAGAGCUUUGACCUCAUCUCACAUGACAGAACCUAUCACUUUCAGGCUGAGGACGACCCAGAAUGUCAGAUAUGGAUCUCUGUGCUGCAGAACAGCAAGGAGGAAGCGCUGAAUAAUGCCUUUAAGGGGGACCAGCACGUUGGCGAGAACAACAUAGUCCAGGAACUGACCAAGGCCAUCCUGGGAGAGGUCAAGAGGAUGACCGGCAACGACAUCUGCUGCGACUGCGGCGCUCCCAACCCUACCUGGCUCUCCACUAACCUGGGCAUCCUGACCUGUAUUGAGUGUUCUGGGAUCCACAGGGAGCUGGGAGUCCAUUACUCUAGGAUCCAGUCCCUCACAUUGGAUGUACUCAGCACCUCUGAACUCUUGCUGGCCAAGAACGUGGGGAAUGCAGGCUUUAACGACAUCAUGGAGGCGUGUCUAUCUGUGGAAGAUGUGGUCAAACCCAACCCUGCCAGUGACAUGCAAGCCCGUAAAGACUUCAUCACAGCCAAGUACACCGAGAAGCGUUUUGCCAGGAGGAAGUGUCCAGACGGGGUGUCCAAGCUGCACACCCUGUGUGACGCGGUCAAGGCCCGGGACAUCUUCUCUCUGAUCCAGGUGUACGCUGAGGGAGUUGACCUGAUGGAGCCCAUCCCCCUGGCCAACGGACAUGAACAAGGAGAGACGGCCCUUCACCUAGCGGUCAGACUAGUGGACAGGACCUCGCUCCAUAUCGUCGACUUCCUCACUCAAAACAGUGUGAACCUGGACAAGCAGACAACCAAAGGCAGUACGGCCCUCCACUACUGCUGCCUGACUGACAACAUGGAGUGUUUGAAACUGCUGCUGCGGGGCAAGGCAUCCAUAGACAUUGCGAAUGAGUCUGGGGAGACGCCGCUGGACAUCGCUAAGAGACUGAAGCACCUGCAGUGUGAGGAGCUGCUGAACACGGCGUUGGCGGGGAAGUUCAACGUCCACGUGCACGUAGAGUACGAGUGGCGUCUGCACCAUGAAGACAUGGACGAGAGUGACGAGGACCUGGAUGAGAAGGUGAGGCCCAGCCCCCACCGGCGAGAGGAACGCCCGGUCAGCUGCUACACCCCUGGCUCCAACUCCCAGCGCCAGCCCAGCCCUGCCUCGUUGGCACGCGACGCUGCCAGCCUGGCCAAGGACAAGCAGCGUGGUGGGUACAUGCCCAACCUGGUCAACAACGAGACCUACGGCACCAUCCUCGACGCCAGCCCCCCCGUGCCCGGGGGGCUCACCCCCACCUCUGCUCCCCCUCUUCCCCCACGGAACAUAGUCCAGUCAUCAGGGUCCUCUGGGUGGAAGCCUGGCUCUAUAGACCUGGGGGUCCGACAGAGGUCCUCCUCAGACCCCCCCAAUAUCCACCCCCCCGUACCCCCCAUGAGGGUCACCUCAACCACGGGUCUUGCUCCUCCGCCUGUGGCCAAGACAGUGAGUAUGAUGGAGGCGAUGAACCAGCAGUCAAAACCGGGGACCGGACAGGGCCACAACAGAGCCCCAACACCUAAGUCUCCUUCUGGCAAUGACAAAAGCUUCAGUAAAGGACCGACUCGAACUGGGUCCAUCGAAAGACCAGCUAAAGAAGUGCCGGGAUAUCCCCACAACUCAGUAGGUCAAUCGCUGCCUCCCGCCCCCAUGCCUAGGAAGACCUAUCCGAAGCAGAGGCCCAAGCGGGUGAAGGCCAUCUACAACUGUAUGGCGGACAAUGCAGACGAGCUGACCUUCUCUGAGGGGGAGGUGAUCGUGGUGGAUGGGGAGGAGGACCAGGAGUGGUGGCUGGGCCACAUCGAAGGAGAACCUAUGAGGAGGGGGGCUUUCCCCGUCACAUUUGUACACUUCAUCAUGGACUGAAGGUCAGAGGUCGGGGGUCAACACAGGACCUGGAAUGGAAACCAUGGACAUGUCCUCCACCUCCCCAUAUUUCUGUGGCAAAAUUCUUUGUCAUCAGCAAAGCUUGUGGCUGCACCGACACUAAAGAAGAGUGAAGUGUCGCUGCCCAAUGCUUUGGCUAUACAGUCUGUUGCCAUGACAACAGAUACACCCUUUACUCCAGGAAUGUCAUGUGAUGUCUUAUCACUCUUUUUCGGCCAAGCCUGCAAAGGCUCGUGGGGAAACUGUUUUGACUUCUGACACCAUCUGACAUAAAAAAAAAAACGAUGAUUGUAGUAGAUAACCUCUUGCAAUAAAAUGCACUUUCUGCUUAUUUAUCCUGGUCGCGA